AUGGAACUCUUCCCGUCGCAGGCGCUUUCCACAACCGUAGCAAAGUACGACACACUUGCACCAUUCCUGACAACAACUCGACAGGGAAUGUGUGAUUUUGAACGAUUCCGGCAAGAAUUUGAACAUACACUUGUCCUAGUAGAUAAACGAGAUCCCCAGAACGAGAGAUCAUCACGAUCAAAGAAGUCUCUUCCAUUCGUCCAAUGGCAUCAUCUGAAAGGGGAGAUUGGCAGCUGUGAAGCAUCAGAAUGCGACGGUGACUCAAUCAUUGAGACCGACCAGGAAACCACAUCAUAUUGGCAACACUGUGGUCACGGAUGGGUGAACCAGGUCAUCGAACCCAAGACGAAAGGAGCGUCUGCCGCAGAGCCGAACUGUACUGCCUCGCCAUUUCAUGAUCUCGGUACUUCCGACACAAUAGAUGCCACCGGCAAUGUGGACAAAACCAAUGGCAAAAGGCGUCUCCCACCACGAGGUUCUGGGAAAGAUCUCGAGGGGAGUGAUUCGAGUCAGGAAGAACAAAUGCCCAAGCGACCGAAGGCUGCGAGCGGAUCUCCCGAGAGAUUCGCCUGUCCGUUCUUCAAGCGAUAUCCCGGCACAUACAGGAAUUCUCACGAGGAGCUCUCUGGUCUCCCUACACCAUACUAUGAGUACCCGGAAGAGGCUGUCAAGGCGCCCACUGGGAAAGCAUGUGAUCAAGAGAGUGAAUGGGCUCUCGAAUAUGAAGACUUCCUCUGUGGCGAACUUUCGGCCGCGCUUCGGGAUGAGUUUCAACGAUCAGUCCAAGCUCAGUUGAAUAUUUCUGAUCCAGAACUUCAGCGACGUGCCCUUGACAUGACCCUCAAGUUUCAUCUUAGGCUAUUUGGCGAAUUUCAAGCCCAACGUCAAUCCGAAAACACGCUUGAGAAUGACGAGACUAUCGAAGAGAGAUUCCCAGAUGUGUUUUUCGACCUUGAUUUCGACGCUGACGAAUCAUGGAACUUAGACCCUACCUUUGAUGUCUCCAACUUCGAUGCAGGGAGUCAUCUUGGGCAAUCUGAGGCGCCAGCAACUGUACACCCAGAGGGUAAUAUCCAGAGGUGUGAUGCCCUGCAGUAUCAACCUUCAAGUACACAAAUGGACAACCAAAAUCAGGCGGCGACGUUUUUUUCCAAUAAUGGAUUCAAUUCGUCUGCUAGUUUCGGACCGCAGCUCGAGCCAUUCUACACAUCCGCUCAACAGACCACCCCUGGGGAGCUAGUGCACCUCAAUGAGGCUGCAUCCACGGGAAAGGAGGUCAACGUAUUGUUGAAUCCAGUGUCUCAAAUCGAACUACAGGAUACUUCCCUUCCCGAUAAAGACACAGUUGAACUUGAUAGUGGCGCUGCUUUCACUAUCGAGAACCUGCCAAGUGGUGCAGACGAAGCGGCAGCUCAUUCUAGUGGCUAUUCUGCAACCGAUGAAAGUCAUCUGCCACCAAAUCAGUCAAAUACUGGGAUCAAUGAAGCCCUCACAAUUGCGGAUGGAUUUGCCUCCACUAUCAGUGCCAAUCCAUGGUCCUUUUCAGGACUCCUUGAUACUGCUAAACCGAAUCUGGAGGUCAUGGAGAGAGAAUUAUCAUCACUCAAAAGGGAAAGAGAUGAACUAAAGGAGGAACUAAAGAGCCUACAGUUGGGCUCUAGAUUAACGAUUCCAGGGGAGCAAUCAACCAAACAGAUACCGGAAAAUGUACCCGGGCAGUAUUGCACAAAGACUUGGGAGCUCGAGCGGAGAAUCCAGGAACUAGAAGCCGAUCAACAACAGCGCCGUGGUUCGGCACAGUUGGAAAGUCGGUCUCCAAUCAGUCUUGCAUCAAGUUCACCUAUCAAUAUUGCCGCCGGCGGUUACGGUCCAGCGUACAUUUUCCCAACACCUCCACGCUGGCUUAGUCCAGUCCGUAGUCCAGGCGCGUCAUAUAUGCCGCAACAGAUUCGACCUGGCAGAGCAAGCGGGUAUAACAGCAGCGCGAGCGGUUACGAUAGUGGUGGGGGAUAUCCUGCAUCCCCGUCAUCUGGUCCCAUCCCAAAUACGUAUAACUAUCGCAGGGCCAAUACCGGCGAACGGGCGCCUGUUGAUUUGGCAACGAACCCGCAAACUGGUUCCUUCUGCUGCACAUUUCCAAACUGCACGGCGCCACCGUUCCAAACACAGUACCUGCUCAACUCACAUGCCAACGUACACUCUUCGAGUCGACCAUACUUCUGUCCAGUCCCAGGCUGCCCUCGCUCGGAGGGCGGAAAGGGCUUCAAACGAAAGAACGAGAUGAUACGGCAUGGCUUGGUACAUGAUAGUCCAGGCUACGUUUGCCCUUUCUGUGCUGACCGAGAGCAUAAGUAUCCAAGGGCAGAUAAUCUGCAAAGGCACGUGAGAGUUCAUCAUCCCGAUAAGGAUGCCGAGGACCCAGAGCUUCGAGAAGUACUCAGUCAACGUGUAUAUGGCCCCAGUAGAGGGCGUAGACCAGGCUUUGUAGUAUAA